AUGAACAUAACAAUCAUCAUAAAAAAAUUUAUUUUAUCCACUGAAUCUUCACUUCAAAUCUACAUAGUACAAUUUUUAUGUCAUCUGUUAUUGAACUCUCCACUGCUUGAGAAUCAUAUUACUCAACUUGUGAAUGCAAAUAUUACUGAUUUACUAUUUGAAGUUAUUAGUACAAAGAAUGAACUACUGAUAGAAUCCAUAUUGUGCUGCCUUGAACUAUUUUCUCAUCAUUCAAUAUUUUUUGAAAAGAAUUAUGCAUUAUUUGGUGUUCCAGUUCUCAUUGAUAUUGCAUACUUUUUAUCAAAACUUAAGAACUGGAGAUUAUUUCAUAAGAACUUAAAUUUGUUGACUUCUAUGAUUACAAGUGAUAAAUGCCUUAUGUCCACUGAUUUCCUUGCUACCCAUUUUCAACAAUCUAUGCAGCUCAUUGUGAAAUGCGUUACUGUUCAAAAUCCUUCAGUUUUAUUUACUGUUUGUCAAUUUUUUCAAAUAUUUCUAAAGAAAGAAAAUUUACCUUCACCUUUGCCUUUAACACAAAUUUUAGAUACUGUGAGUCUAUGUUUCAGAAGUCUGUCAAAAUUCUUAUUGUCUCAGUCCCAUGCAUCGCUUAGUUUGAAAAAUGCAUCUGCUUCAUCAGUGCCUAUUGAGCUGAAAGUUCUAGCAUCCGGUUUGAAUCUUGUGUCUACAUGUCUUAGGUAA